UGGAUGUUUAAUUUAAAGCGAUUGUGAAUAACGCGGUAUUAUCUUAAAAUCAAUGCAAUUACCUACUUUCCACGGAUGAUAUAGUUUAGGGCAUCAAAUUACUUAAAAUAGUUUAAAAUCACUUCACAUACCUGAUAUAUCUAAUAUUUGUACGAUGCAAACAUAGCAUACAUAAGCGGAAUGGAAGUGUUGAAAUCACUUAGUGUUUUUGUUUUGAUCUUGACUAUUUUACAGAUUGGAAGUUUGUUAAGUGUUGUUGUGCUCUGGAAAUAUAAACGAAUUUAUAUCUUGGAUGAAUAUUCUUCUACAAUUUGCGACCCUGCUGUUGCAAAUGUAGAUGGGGAACGAGUGCCAUGUAGAGACGUAGAAAGUGUUCUGAAAACGGAAAUAGAAGAGGACAUUAAGAGAAGAGCUAGAUACGGGCUGCAUACUAAAUCAAGUCUUAUUGAACUUCUCGGAAAUGAAAAAUGCCUUAAAACUAGGGAAAUAUCGUCAAUACAGCUGCAUGGGAUAUCAAACAAUACACAAGGAAAAGGUUCCGGUAAGGUGCAUUGGCUGUCAUUGGUAAAUUCAGGCCAGAAAGGAUAUUUGUCAUACAAUGAUGGAUCCGUACAUAUUGCCGAAACUGGCCUAUAUUACCUAACCUUUCAAAUUGCGGUCACAAACCCAGAAAACAAAGCAAAAAGAAAUAACUCGGAAACUACACAACUAGAGCACACAAUCGUACAUAGGUCUGCAAAUGGAGCAAAGACAACUUUGAUGAGAAAUGUGAUGCAUGAUGGUUGCCAAGCAAAAACUAAAUCUAUUAGCACAGGGGGCGUGUUUCAAUUUAAGGAAGGGGUAAGCGUUCAUUUACACACGUCAAGUAUGCAGUCCAUUGCUAGGGACAAGGGGCAUCACAGUUUAAUGAUGUACAGGAUUUGAAAGAUGUGUUUGUGUACCUUCCAGGUUCAGUCCAAAUACAAUAUCUUGACAUAUAUAUAUAUAUUCUGACAUAUAUCGCCUCCGUAGCCAAGUGGUUAUUGCUUUCAUCUACUGAGGUUAAGGUGCAAGGUUCGAGCCCUGCACGGGGCUUGUUCUGGAAUACAAAGUUCUAGUUAACAGGAUCUAGUUAAAUUGACGGAUCGCCUUCCUGCAUGGCGUCCGGAUUUAAAAUCGGUUGUUAGCAUGCUCAAUAAUCAAAGUGUAUCAUAAGUCAAGUGAACUGCUCCUUAAUUGAGCGGACAAACACACUUUUAUUGCAUGCGUUGGUGUAUUUAAGUAUAGCGGUAUACAAUAUUUCGAUAUAUAAUUUCACUGUGUUCUCAAAUGUGAUCUGUCUAAAUGUAAGAAAUGGCAUUACAAACGCAUACAAUUUCGGGAAGAUAACAUAAUUUCAUUAUUUAAUGUUGUUUCCGGUAUGACGUCAUUUGGCUGAAAUUGUGCGUGGGUUUUCUGUUUAAUAGUAAUUUAAUUUUGCUUUUGUAAAAUAAUUAGCCUUAUGUUUUUGCUUCAGUGUAAGAUGGCAAUAUAUAUAUCACCUCGUGAACACCAAAGCCACUACUGAAAUAUUACUUUAAAGGCUCACUUUGUGAAAUAUAUUACCUAUCUUAAAUUGAAACAUACACUUAUCCUAUUUAUAUACACAGAUAAUUCAACUGUUCGUGUAGACAUGCAUUUUGUAAAUAGCCAUUGCUUCAAAUGAAAA